AUGCGCCUCCUUCCCCUGGCCCUCACCGCUCUAACGGCCACCUUGGCCGCCGCCUCCUCCUCCUCCUCCCUCGGCAUCGAGGUCACCCACCCCGUCGAAUGCAGCCGCAAGACCCAGAGCGGCGACACAGUGCACAUGCACUACCGCGGCACCCUGGCAGCGGACGGCUCCGAGUUCGACGCCAGCUACAAGCGCGGCCAGCCGUUGGUGUUCAAGUUGGGUGCGGGCCGGGUUAUCAAGGGCUGGGACCAAGGCCUUCUGGACAUGUGCAUCGGCGAGAAGCGGACGUUGACGAUUCCGCCCGAGUACGGGUAUGGGAGUCGUGGCGUGGGCCCGAUCCCCGGCGGGGCGACGUUGAUCUUCGAGACGGAGUUGGUGGGGAUUGACGGGGUGGCGAAGGAUGAGUUGUGA